AUGGAUCACUUGGUUCCAAUUACAAAUACAGAAAGUUGUUGCAAUGAUGCUUUUAAAGCUGUUCGAGCAAAUCAUUUAAACUGUCUAACUAAAAUGAACAAAGAAGAUUUGGAACAAAAGGAUAUCAAUGGACAUACACCGCUUCAUAUAGCCUCCAAACUUGGCUUCUUGCAAGUUAUCGAUUUACUUCAAAAUGAAGCACCAGCGACUAAGGAUGCCUUAUCAGUAUUUGGCGAAAACCCUGCGCUUGUUGCUGCAGGUGAAGGACAAACACUGAGCGUUGAAUUAUUGUUUAAUGGAAGCUCUAAACACGCACUGAAUCUUGCCCAACAACGAGAUAUCAACGGUACAUCAGUAUUGAUGGCUGCUGUUGCUCGAGGAAACAAUUCUUUAGCUUUAUGGCUUUUAAGACGUUUUGGAAAGCCACUGGCAAUGUUACCUAAUAACUUUCGCAUGCUACCUUUACAUGUUGCUGCUGCACAAGGUAAUAUAGAAUUUAUCCGGAGUGCAAUCAAGUAUGAUCGACGUAUGGUCAACUUUAGAGAUUUAUUUGGAUGCACUCCCGUGUUCUAUGCUGUUCAAGGUGGUUGUUUCAAUUGUGUUCGAUUGUUGAUUGAAAGAGGAGGAGAUAUUUGUGUUGUAUCUGAUAAAGGUCAAUCUUUGUUGCAUGUUGCAUGCUUAUCAGGCCAUGCUCACAUUGUUCGCUGGAUAAUACGUCGUUCCACACCCAAUGCUAUAUUGUGGACUACAAAGGAUAAUGCAAAUGCUAUCCAUUGUGCUUCAUACAGUGGGAGUGUCGCUACAUUGAGUAUUUUACUUCAAAGUAUACCUCAGAAACGCCGACGACAACUGCUAACUUUACGAGAUUCUCGAGGCAAUACUCCCCUUCAUCUUGUAGCUAUUAAUAAUCACAUUGAUGCUGCACAGUAUUUGUUAGAAAAUGGUGCUGAAACAGGAUUACUAAAUAUAGCAGGACAAACAGCUGAAGCUAUUGCAUAUUUACGAGCAAAUUAUAAACUUACAAAACUUUUAUCGUACUGGAGAGAACGAAAUGAAAAGAAGAGAAGAGCAAAGCUUUCAACAACUAUAUCAACCGAUCCACACUACGGGGAUAAUGGUUAUUCGUCCGGUUAUUGGAGUACUAGGAGCCAAACAAUGCCAAACAGCUCAAGCCAUGUUGUGCCAACGAAUUUCACUGUAUCACCAUCAACCCUACAUCAAAACAGUGUUCUUCAUAAUUUGCCAAAGGAUAAUUCAUGCAGCAACAUCCCUGUUAAAGUAGCAGUAAGUGCAUUACGCCCAGUAACUUACAUUGCAUCGGACGAAGGUGGCCGAAUUUAUGAAGAUCAUUCAUUUCAAACUGACUCUGAUUCUUUACGAGAGGCAACUAAGGUUCUCGAUGAAGAUGAAUGGAGAGAAAGUCUAGCAGCCGUCGCACAUAUUGACAGAGUUCUACAAGAAAUCGACCCCUGA